AUGUAUUUUUUAAUACUUUUUUGUUUUGCUGGAGUUUACGGAGCAGAUUUCACUCUACCAGGUGUUUGCCCGAAUGUAACAUUGCAAAAAAACUUUGACUAUAAUAGGUUUUCAGGUGUAUGGCAUAAUGUGGGUGGUUAUGCAAGCGAUGGCGAACACAUCCACGACUGUGCUACUCUUGAUUUACAGAAAGUUGAUCACGGAUAUACCUUAAGAGAGACCUAUGUUGUACUCGAGGAAAGGAAAAGAACUCAAAAGUGGUAUCAGGCGAAAGUAGGUACUGCAUCAGACCCUGCAUAUUACACUCAAUUUGUGAUACAUCGUGAAAUUGAAGGCUUAGAUAGGGUGCUGGAUUAUCCAUUCAUGAUAUUGUCUACUGACUAUGAUGGCUACGCUAUAGCUUACAUCUGCAUAUGGCUGAAGGAAAAGGAACGAAAACAUUUUGUAUUCGCCUGGAUCCUCACACGCAGUAAGGAAAAGCUACAUGGAAAAACCCUUAAGCAGGUCGAAGAGGAAUUAUCCAAGUACCCAGAGUUAGCCGAACAUAGACAAGAAUUCGUCUUUAAAGAAUUCGACAACGCGACUUGUGCUUUUGAGCAUAAGGUUGAAACUGACUUCUUCAAUAGUUAUUUCUGUUAA